AUUUAUGGUUGGUUGAUUGAUUGGGGGAAUGAAAAGAAAUUGUAUUGCAUGACUUUGGAUAAUGCAUCAGUAAAUGAUGUUUUUGUUGACAUGCUAAAGAUCCAACUUAAUUUGAAUAAUGCACUUUACUCAGAUGGUGAGUUCUUUCAUGUCCGAUGUUGUGCUCAUAUUCUUAACUCAAUUGUACAAGAGGGAUUAAAGGAGAUAGAUGAACCCAUCUUCAAAGUUUGUGAAAGUAUUAAAUAUGUGAGAGGUUCACAAGUUCGGAAACAAAAAUUUUUGGAAUGUGUUAGACAAGUUUCUUUGGAAAGUAAAAAAGACUUAAGGCAAGAUGUUCCUACGAGAUGGAAUUCAACUUUUUUGAUGCUAGAGAGUGCUCUCUUUUACCAUCAUGCCUUUCUUCAUUUGAAAUUAAAUUACUCUAAUUACAAGCAUUGUCCAUCUGAAGAGGAGUGGGGUAAAGUUGAGAAGAUUAGCAAGUUGUUGAGUGUAUUCUAUGAUGCUACUUUAGUAUUCUCCGGAGCUAAAUAUCCUACAUCAAACUUGUAUUUUUCUCAAGUUUUCUUGAUUGAGUUUACUUUAAGGCAAAAGAUGCAGAGUGCAUAUGCUUUCAUACAAAGAAUGACACGGCAGAUAUAUGAAAAAUUUGAAAAGUAUUGGUCGGAUCAUAGCUUAAUCUUGGCCAUGGCAGUUAUUUUGGAUCCUCGGUACAAAUUUCAGUUUGUGGAGUAUUGUUAUAAGAAGUUGAAUAGGUAUGGUUCUACUGAGAGCAUGCACAUCCGUGAUUAUAUGUUUUCUCUCUUUAAUCAGUAUAUGCUUGCUUCUUCUAAAACUCCAACUACUAGCACAUCAACUCAUGGAGAUAUGGAGACUGCUACUUCUUCUGAAACUUCUGAGGCAUGUAGAAAAGCAGAUGCUUUUAAGGAUUUUGAUACAUUUGAAAGCUUUGAUUUUGUGACUAUGGCACAGAAGUCUCAAUUGGAAUUAUAUUUGGAUGAGCCUAGAGUUGAUAGGAAAUCCAAUUUGGAUGUCCUUUAUUUUUGGAAAGUCAAUCAGUUUUGAUAUCCUCAACUUUCUCUUAUGGCACGUGAUAUUCUAACUAUUCCAAUAUCUACGGUCGCCUCUAAAUCUGCUUUUAGUAUCGGUGGGCGAGUACUUGAUAAGUAUCGUAGUGCACUUAAGCCGGAUAUUGCCGAGGCCUUUGUUUGUACUCGAGAUUGGGUGUUUGAAAAGAAAGAUGUUGAGGAGGCCGAGUUAGAUGAGAUUGUAGAAGAUGUCAUAAACUCAAGUUCGUACAAUGAAACUCAAUCAACUCAAUGCUCGGCCAAUGUUGAAUCCAAUUCAUAGCGAGUUGAAUCAUGAUCAUGGAUACUCCUUUUUGGUUUUGGUUUAAAUAUGGAUGUUGUUAUAAUUUGAACUUUUUUUAGUUUUGCAUUGACUAUGGAUGUUGUCAUUGGACUUAUGGAGUUAUGGUAGUGGUUAUUAAUUAUUAAGUAUUCAGAUGAUGAAGGAAAUACAAGUUAUCUGGAUGGAAUUGCAACUAGAGAGAGCUAAAUCUCACAUGAUGACAAAGUCCUUAUAGGGCAUACUAUAGAUGUUUGGUGUUGGUUGGUUAUGGAACAGCCAGAUGGUCCUGCAUUUGCUAAACUACUUAAUGGAUUCGAUGCUGCGUCUCGAUAUGGGAUCAACUCUGAUGAUAAUUCAUCGCAGAAAAUUCCAAAUAGAGAAGUUUUCUCUAAAAUAUUGGCAUUUGUUCUAUGUGAAGCAGACGGUAUUUUUGGGCUAUUCCAUAUGUACAUUUGGAUGAUUUGACUUGUAUUCCUUAUGUCUUUGUAAGGAUUAAAUGUUUUUGAAUAUUGCUGGUAUUAGAUGAAUGAACAAAUAACUUGGAUUCCUUA